UGCACCAUGAAAAAACAGCAGAAGAAGCAUGUCUCAAAGGCGGAGAAUCCCCAGACUCGAUCUUCUUCGACAUCAGUUGAGAACUCAGAGUCGAUCCCAGCUGAUCUCAUCUUUGAGAUUUUCUCGAGACUAACCGCAAAAUCUUUAUCGAGAUUUCGUUGCCUGUCCAAGGAAUGGGCUUCUAUUUUCUCUAGUAGAGUCUUCACCCAUUCGUUCGUGGCGAGGUCUUGCGAACGUCCGCGUCUCUUGUUCACGUUCCAUGUUGACGGUAAGUUGUUUUCCUACUCGACACCUCAACCACCUCGAAAUCCAGACCAGGACUUGUCUCAUGUAGUUGUGGAUAAUCAUAUCACUAUCCCCACCAGAAUGGGGUCCUUUCUGAUUCAUCGCCCUGUCCGUGGCUUGCUUUGUCCUGGUGAUAUGUGGUUUGAACGUGGAUGUAAUGAUUCAAAGAUGAUGACGAUAUUCAAUCCUAGCACAGGACAGUUCAAAAAAUUACCUGCAGCGAGAACAAGAAGGGGUCAUGUGAGAACCUACUUAGGGUAUGAUCCCAUAAAAGAAGAGUAUAAGGUACUGUGCAUGUCGGUUAGACGAAGAACAUAUCCUAAAUUCUCCGAGGAGCAUCAAGUUUUGACGUUAGGAACGGGGAAACUGUCUUGGAGAAUGAUUGAAUGUUCCCUAAAACGAUACCCUGAGAUUGGUGGGAUAUGUAUCAAUGGGGUUUUGUAUUAUUUAGCUUAUCAAAACGACGGGUUUGGAGUUGGACAAAAUUUUACUGUCAUUUGCUUUGAUGUUAGUUCUGAAAAGUUCAAACCACUGGAAAUCAAUUUAACUUGCUCUUCAUCCCUGAUAAAUUACAAGGGUAAAUUAGGUGCGAUUCAAUUUGAUCAAGUUGGUUUUUUCGGUGGAAGAACUACAAGUCUUGGUUUGAUGGUUCUAGAUGAUGCUGAACAACAUAUAUGGUCGAAGAAAACCUACGUAUUGCCACCUUUUUGGAAGAAUCUUGGUGUGGAUGCCAUUGCCAGGUUAAAUGUUGUCGGGAUGACUGGCGACAGUGAAAUUGUGUUUUCACCCUCCAUUCUUUCUGAUCCUUUCUAUAUUUUCUACUACGAUGUGGAGAGAAACACUGUCGUGAAAGUUAGGGUCCAAGGAAUUGAUUUUGUUAAGAAUCAAUACAUUUACACCUUCAUGGACUACGCUGAGGAUGUAAAGUCUAUGUAA